AUGCAGACCAGGCGCCAUGCCACGAGGGCCCUCGGGAGUCUCUCUCAUCUGCAGCUCGCCUCUCUGUCAAGCUCCCCUCGAGCCGCCCGUUCGUUCACCGCGGUGCCGGACAGGUACGCCUUCCCUUCCCUGCUCAAGAUCGCCGCCUCUCGAUCGGACCUCAGCCAUGGCAGGGCCCUCCACGCCGCCGGCCUCAAGAACGGCCUCGUCUCCGAUCCCUUCAUCGCCGCCUCCCUGGUCAGCAUGUACAGCAAAUGCACCGUCCUCUCCGACGCCGUCGACCUGUUCGACGGAUUGCCUGAGAGAGAUACUGCUACUUGGAACUCCAUGAUCGACGGGUUCUUCCGCCAUGGCCGCCGGAAGAGUGGCUUCUCCUGCUUCCACCGUAUGCAGCUCGCCGGCGUUCGCCCCGAUCGGCACUCCCUGAGCAUCGUUCUCUCCGACUGCGGCAACUCCUCCGACAUCAAGCGGGGCCGGCAGGCCCACGCCCAUCUUCUGAAGAACAUCUCCGAUCCAGACCCAUUCCUCGCCACGUCCUUGAUCGACAUGUACUUGAAGUGCGGCCGGUUAUCGCCGGCGCUGAGGGUUUUCGAUUCUUCCCUGGGGAAGGAGGAUGAGGAGAACGUCUGUGUCUGGAACGCCAUGAUCGGAGGUCUCCGGCAGAUAGGCUUAUGGGAGAAGAGCUUCGAGUUCUACGCCCUCAUGAAGAGUCACAGCGUCGCCGCCGUGCCGGCGACGUUCUCAAGCCUGCUUGCAGGUUGCUCUCAUGGCGGUGACUCGACGGCCCUCGCGGAGACGAUCCACAGUGACGUGAUAAAGACCGGGCUCGAGGGGGAGCCCUUCGUCUGCACCUCCCUCUUGGCCACGUACGGCAGGUGCGGGUCCAUGGACAGCGCCGCCAAGGUGUUCGCCGGAACGCCAGACAAGAAGACCGAGCUGUUCAACGCCAUGAUCGCCGCCUGCAACGCCAGCGGCCGCGCCGGCGAGGCCAUUCUUGUUUACGGCAACAUGAACCGUCGGAGCAGCGGCGGCCAUGCGGAUUCUUUCACGAUUUCUAACGCCCUUGCCGCUUGUUCUUCUUCCGUGGACUUUCUGGACCUGGGGAGGGCCAUCCAUGGCCAGUCGGUGAAGCUCCCGGAGGGACGCAGCGUCUCUGUGUCGACCUCCCUGGUGACCAUGUACGGGAGAUGGGGGAAGAUGGAAGAAUCGGCUGCAGUCUUCGAUUUUGCGGAGGAAAAGGACGACGAGGUGUUGUGGGGUUCCAUGAUCGCCGGCCUCUGCCAGAACAAAAUGCUCCGGGCGGCCAUCUCACUGGUGAACCAGAUGCUCUCCCGGGGGUGGGAGCUCGACUCUGCAGUUCUGACCAGCGUCGCCUCCGCCGCCGUCAAGCUGGAGCAACCGGAAAUAGGGUUUCAGGUCCAUGGUCAUGCCGUCAAGAGCGGGAUGGAGGCGGACACCUUCGUCGGCAGCGCGCUGGUGGAUCUGUACGCGAAAUCCGGGCUCCUGGAUUCGGCCGGCGAGGUGUUCGCCGCCGUGCCGGAGAAGAAUAUUGUGGCCUGGAACUCGAUCAUCUCUGGCUUCGGAAGGGCCGGCGACGUCGCCCGCUGCGUCGCCGCCCUCAACCAGAUGCUUCAAUCCGGCCCGCCGCCGGACUCCAUCUCCGUCACCGCCGCUCUCGUGGCGGCGACCUCCGCCGCCGCUCUGUCCAUGGGGAAGAUGAUCCAUGCCUUCCAGAUCAGGAACUACAUUCGUGACGAUGCCCAGGUGGGGAACAGCUUGAUCGACAUGUACAGCAGCAGCGGGUGCCUCAGAUAUGCCCGGCAGGUGUUCGAAGGAAUGUCGGUUAGAACCGUAGCCACCUGGAAUUCGAUGAUCUCCGGGUACGGGUCUCAUGGGCACUGCGACGCGGCGGUGGGUCUGUUCCAGGAGAUGCAGAGCUCGCCGGCGGCGCUGCCGCCCGACGAGAUCACCUUCCUCGCCCUGAUCUCCGCCUGCAGUCACUCGGGGCAGACCGAGGAGGGCCUCGAGUUCUUCCGGCUGAUGACCAGCGGCCACCGCAUCGCCCCGUCGACGCAUCACUGCGCGAGCGUGGUGGACCUGCUUGGCCGCGCCGGCCGCCUCGAGCAGGCCUUCCGCUUCGCCGCCGGCGUGCCGCCGGCGGCCGGCGGGAGCGUGUGGCUGUCGCUGCUGGCUGCUUGCAGGGUUCACGGGAACGUGGAGGCCGGCGAGGCGGCGGCGCGCCGCCUUCGGGGGCUCGACCCGGAGGCACACGUCCAGCUGUGGAAGCUCUACGGGGAGGGCGGCCUGCCGGAGAAGGCGGCGGCGGCGAGAGGGAGGAUGAGGGCGGAGGGCUUGAAGAAGAAGCCCGGGUGCAGCUGGAUCGAAGUGAGGGGCCACGUUGAGGUCUUCUUCUCUGGUAAUUCUCUGUCUCCGCUGGGGGUGGAUGCCCACGCAGUGCUCAACAGCCUGAGAGGAGUUCUAAGAGACGAACAUUUUUUUUCUAAGAGAUGA